AUGUCACGACCCAACCCUCUUCCACUCGCCGACGAGUGGACUGACCACGAUGCCUACGUCGAUGCCCUCCUGUCAUUCGCCACCUCGUCAGACAUGUUCCGACAUCUCUGCGGGGGCGUGCAUAUCCUCGAUUUCCUGACGCGCGAGCCCGACCUCUACACGUCGCUGUUGCCCGAAUCAUGGCGAUUCUUCUUCGACCAGCACGAUAUCCAAGACAUCAUCGAUUUGGUUCUUCGGGAAGAUCUCCCGCCGCUCCUCGAGAAAAGCCGGAAAGUCGCCGCCGGCGACGAAGCCAGCAAUGAAUGGCGAGGCGCUGCGCUUCCCCCGCUCGAUUUCCUCGAAUACAUCCACCAGAUCCGUCGGCUGAGUCUCAAGCGGGAUUUCCACCCGCCGCAGCCCGGUAACCCCUCGAUACCGCGGCGGAUUGCCGUGGGGAUGAAGACGAAGAAAUAUCACGAGGUGGCGCAUUUCUCGCGAUAUGUGGAUUCCUUGUGCGCCGUGGUGGACGAGCAGCGCGGCGAUAAACUCACCCAUGUCGUGGAUUUCGGGUCGGGGCAGAGUUACCUGGGACGGACGCUGGCGAGUCCGCCAUACAACAGGCAUAUUGUUGCCAUUGAGCGCAAGCACCAGUUCAUCAACGGGGCCAAGGACAUGGACAUCUACGCGCAGUUGACGGAGAAGAAGAAGGUGCGCAUGUACAAUGCCAAAACGGAUAAAUGUGUAAAAUGCGCGGAUCCUGAGGCGCCUGAGGCGACAGAACCGGAGGUCCCUUCGCAACAGUCAGAGACGGUGGAAUCCGCACCCAGCGAGGAGCCGGCCGAGAAUGGCGAGGAUGUCUCGAUGGUGAAUGUCUUUCGCGAUAUUAGUCUCACGCCUGGCGAGAUUGGAUUUGCUCCGUUCCACAAUGAUCCUAAUGGCAAAUUGGCGAAGAAGAAGGAGAGUGCAGGCCUUGAUCAACCAAGGGGUACUAUGGACUACAUCGAGCAUGAAAUCAAGGACGGGUAUCUGGAGCCUAUCAUCAAAGAUGUCAUUGAAGCGCCUUCUGCUGGUGAUAAGCAGGAGUCGAUUGAUACGGUUGACGGAAAGGACAAUGGCAAGCCUUCAGAUGCCAAGGUCAUGGUCAUCUCGUUGCAUUCUUGCGGCAACCUUCUCCACCACGGUGUGCGAUCUUUAGUAGUGAAUCCGUCGGUGAAAGCCAUCGCCAUGAUCGGUUGCUGCUACAAUCUGGUGACUGAGCGACUCGGACCCGCGACCUACAAACUCCCCAUCCUGCGUUCCAUGCACCCCCGUCUGACUCAGGACGCCGUUGCGUACGACCCGCACGGCUUUCCCAUGUCGAAGCGGCUAGAGGACUUUGAGCACGACAGUGGCGUCGGCGUCAAGUUGAACAUCACCGCACGGUCGAUGUCUCUACAAGCUCCUUACAACUGGGGCAGGGAGGAUAGCGAGAAUUUCUUUACGCGCCACUUUUAUCGCACCCUCCUUCAGCGCAUUCUGGUCGAUCGUAAGAUUGUGGAAAAGCCGGAAACGCCAGAGGAUCUGUAUGGAACAGAGGAAUCGACCGAAACCAAAACCGGAAACCCUCUCAUUGUCGGCUCCCUGCGCAAGGCAGCCUUUGCCUCGUUCCCGGCGUACGCCCGCGCUGCGACGACGAAACUGAGUCGUGACCCGCACUUUGGCGAAAAGGUCCGAGAAGGAAUGGCCGACCUGACUGACGAGGAACUGGCUCGCUACGUGGAGCAGUACUGGCACGCGAAGAAGAAGCUUAGCGUGGUCUGGACCCUGAUGGCCUACAGCUCUGCAUUGGUGGAAGCCAUCAUUGUCGUCGACCGUUGGCAAUUCCUCCGCGAGUACGACACCGUCCAAGACUGCUGGGUUGAACCCGUAUUCGAUUACAGCGAAAGCCCACGGAAUUUGGCUAUUAUCGGUAUCAAGAAAUGA